AUGGAUCGUAGUCCUAGCGCAGAAAACAGGGCACCUUAUAGUAAUGAUUUGGGGAGAACGAAUAGAAAAUCACCGAUGAAAUCUCAGAACUUGAACUCUGAUGUUGAGCGGAGGUUCAGUGCAGGAGGAAACACUAAGAGCGUCCUAUAUUCACCUGAGGUUGCAUACAUGAGAGAUAAAGAGGGUCGUCGUCAAUCAAGUGUUUCUCCUAAAAAACAUAUUCCUCGACAGUCCCCAGCAAAAAAGGAGAAGAGCCAAGUGGAGGAAGUAAUUUUCCAGGAAAGAAAGAAGCUAGAGAGUAUUCCUCGACAGCACCAGCAAGAAUAUUUGAAUCUGCUUGCCAGUGAAUCCAGCCGUAAAAAAUCUCAGAAAAUGAAAGAUUCCAGUUCUAAGACGGAUAUUACAUUCCUGGGGUCGAAAUCAACUGCUAUACCUAUGUCUGAAUCAGAGUUGUGUGACGAAUACAAAGAAAUCCUGAAAAAGCUGGAGCACGUUGCGAGAGACAGAGAGCAGCAUGAACCUGUGCAUGCAUCUCCUAAUAUCGGGAUAGAAACAGAUGUUAUAAAUUUGAACAUCAGUUCGAUCGAGAAGGAAACUGAACUUGCUGAACGAAGGCUGAAGGAGAAAAAUACCUUUCCCUUCACUCUUCUUGAUGAUGCUGGUUAUGCUGUCCCUCAACGAGUAGAAGACAGGGAAAAGAGUAUAGGACUUUCGGAUGAUUUCAGAUCUCCAUUUGAUUCUCCUAGCAAGCUUAACGAUUCUUCAACAACUCCCAUCAAUCGUUCUUCGCCUGAUGAACAGUUCUUCACUCCAAUGGUAGAUAGAAAGAAGCAAAUUGACCACGUUAGACCAGGCGAUAGGAACUUGAUAAAUCACCAGGUUGAAAAGGUUACUAACACAUUGAAAAGAAUGACGGAUGAUGACAAGAAUGAACUCACAACUGCAACAUGGCGCUCUCCUCAGAAAAAAAUGCAGAACGAAGUUAAAAUUCCUGACUUUGACAGUUAUAGACAAUCGAUGCCUCAUGGCCUGCAGAGGAACACAUCGGAGCCUAGAAUUUCCCUACAGCAUGUUCCCAGAGAUCAAGUAGGAUCUUUCGACUCAAUAUCGGAAAUUUCUGAAAAAGAGAUGAACACAUCUAAUCCGAUCCUUCCAACGGAGCAAGAGAAAGAUGUGGAUCUUAUCAGACCUGAGUCUUAUGGCGCUAGCCUUUCUGUUCAUAUGAACUAUUCAGCUCAACUUGAACGUAUGGAAAAGCAAUUAGCAGAAGCGGAAGUUCUCAACGCAAGCUACCAAAACUUCAAAGAAAAUCAGAUGAAACAGAAUGAAACCGUGAACAAGUCAGAAUUGAAAAACACAGAGAAAAAUGAAAAUCAAGACAUCGAUGACCUUCUGGAUGGUAUUGAGCUCUUUGAAAGCACUCUGAUAGAACCCGUUCUUGUUCCCAAACGCAGGGUUUUGAAGCCAGCUCCUCUUACCAGCAUAAAUGAGGAUACUGAAGCAAAAACUGUCGUUGGGGGAGGAUCUCGUACUGCUGCAAGAGCGGAAGCUGGAACGUUCAGGAAAAAUUCUGCACCGAUUCGAAAUGCCGUCGAGAAAUAUUGCUCUGAUGUGAAAACUUUAGAGAAACUAGAGCUGAAGAAGCUACUUGUAUAUAAAAAGUUGGGAAUGUGCGCGACUGAGUUGCGAACAAUGGAAGCUGACAUAAAAGUUUUCACAGAAUGUAUGAUUACUGAUGCGCAAAUGUGGAUGAAGAAUGGUGUUGGAAAAGAGUUCAUCGAUCAACGUUGCAAGCAGUUAGCUAAGAUGUACAGCAAAGUUUCCGUUGAAAUCAAGUUGUUAGCCUCUUUACUCUCUAAGCAAUAUGAAAGCGGAAGAAGAAUCAGCUCACAAGAACUGGCAAAAACAGUUAAAGCUUUUUCUGAGCCUCACAAGAAUGAAGUUAAGCAUGUUGCUGUUGGGAACGAUUCCGUUAUGAAUUCGCCAGUGGAGACUGAAGCACCCGAACACAUAACGAAAGAAAUUAAGAAAGAAGUGGUUGAAGAGACUAGCGAUUCUGAGUCGUCAAGCAUUCCAAUUGGAAAUCAUGAGGCUGUUUCUCCGACUGAUGAGAAUAUUGAGAUCGAUUUUUCCUCAAAAGUUAAAACUAACCAUUCAUAUGAUUCUUCAAAAGAAUUGAUGGACGAGAAUCUUGGGGAUGUAGAAAAAGAAUAUACCGAUUCAUUACCAGUGGAAGAAGUAGUUGCGGAAGAACACUUGCCCACUUCUGAUGAUGUCGACUUGCAACCAUCCAUGAACGAGCCUUUCAAUGAGUCAGAGGUUGCAGAUGUUCCAUCUUCACCUUUAGACGAAGUAAACAAAAAUGAUCAUUCUGAACCCGACUUGAGCCAAUUGAAUGUCUCAUCCAGUAGACCACCCUCUGUUGUACCACCAUUGAACUUAAGUUCCCUUCUUAACGAUUCUGCAGUGGAAGCUGUUCAAGCUGACAAUGAGAAAGUCAAUAAUUCUACCCGACGCGACUCUUUGAUCUCAUUGAAUGAAUCCGAGCUGAGUAGCCGUCUCAAUGUGAGUGAAAGAAGUGAGAGCCAGAGGAAAAACAAAUCAGAAAGGUUCAUGACUGUUUCUCCCAAAAGUUCUCCCCAAGUGCCAUCCAGACAAUUCCCAGUUUUCAGCUUAGAUUUCACAUUUAAUGAUUCACGACUCUUCAACGACGUGCUUUCGCCAUCUAAAUUCGAUAAUGCCGAGAAAGACAAAUCGAAAGAGGAAGUGCACGAGGAGACUCCUAAAAAACUUGAGAGUGAAUAUGUAAAUACUCCACAACCCAAGUUAUCUUACCAAAAAGCCAGCUCACUUUUCCCAGAAUUCACUCUCAACGAUUCAUCUGAGGAGUUCGACGAUUUCUUGGGAGUCUGCUCAAAUCCUAAAACUACUUCUCAUCCAUUGACAUCGCCUUCCGGCAUUCCAACAACUUUUUCGGAUAAUAUAACUGAAACCACUAAUGAAAACACCGAUAAUGAAACAGCGAUGAAACUCAUUCGUUCUGAAGAAUGGACAAAGAACACGAUGAAUGAGCUUUGUAGCUUAGUUUUCGAACAUAAGUCUUCUCCAAGUUUCGAAGGAUUCGAAGAAGUCGAUGUUAUCGAGAGUCUUGACAGAUUAAAAGCUGCUCUUCCCGUGAAAGUUUUCUCUACUGAUAAGCGUCUCCAAGAAAUGCACGAUGAACUAAGAAUUCUGUUUUAUGCAUCUGUACUUAACGUAGCAGCCGAUCUGUGGCCUAAGAAGAAUCAACACGGAUUAUUCGGAUAUCCCAAGCCCUCUUUGUACUGCACCGAUAAAUCUCCCGAAUCUGUUACCCUUUCCGACUUCGUACAAGCCUGCCUCAAUAGGAUCGUCAAGCCCAAAGAUCUCUACCCAUCAAGUGGACGUGUUUUCAAAAAUGAUUGUGAUCCGGAAAAGCUUGCUUUACAGCUGGUUUACUGUGAUAGGGGUUUCAUGGAUCAAAGUAUUUCCAACAGAAUCCAAGAGCUCGAGGAGAAAGUGGUUGACAGUGUCACUGAUGCCGUAGAAGCUGAAAUUACUAACUCCCUAUUAAGAGAUGACAGAGAAGAUCAGUCCACUAGCUUGUUCGGAUCUUUCAACAGUUCCUUCUUCUCUCAAGGUCUGAUGGAAGGAAGGUUCUCUAUUGGAAGACGAUCAAGCAUAACCCGAGAGUCUCUUUCCAAAAGAACUCCCAGUCCUUUGGUUUUAAGCAAAAUUGAAGAAUAA